AUGGGUGAUCGUGAAGCUGAUGUCCCAGCCCCAAUUACUCAAGCGGAUCUGGACGCUCAAAACCAACGGAUCGACAACCUAACCACCCAAUUUGGGGAGAUGCGAGAAUUGUUGUUGCAAGCUCUUGGUGGCAACCAUAGGCGAGGAGGCAGGGAUGACGAAAGAAGAGAAGGCAGGGAUGAUAAUCGAAGAGAAGGUAGAGAUGGCGAGAGAAGAGAUAAUAGGAGGCAACUUAUUCCGGAUAGUGAGUCAGGGUCAGAAGAAGAACUUGAAGAACCACCACCACCGGCUAAUAAUCCUCGUAAUCGUAAUCGUAAUUACGAGAAUUUUGGCGACUAUCGGAUUAAAGCAGAAAUUCCUAACUUUUGGGGAAAUCUGAAGAUUGAAGACUUCUUGGAUUGGCUUGUAGAAGUGGAGAGGUUUUUCGAUAUUAUGGAGGUUCCUGAGCAUAAGAUGGUGAAGAUGGUAGCUUUCCGUCUUAAAGCUACAGCGGCUGUUUGGUGGGAUCAAUUGCAAAAUUUACGGCAGAGGCAAGGAAAGCAGCGGGUUCAAACAUGGCGGAAGAUGAAGUCGCUUAUGAUGGAACGAUUCUUGCCCACAGAUUAUGAGCAGAUUCUCUACCGUAUGUACCUAGGCUGUGCGCAAGGCACCCGUUCAGUUUCUGAAUAUACCGAAGAAUUCAUGCGUUUGGCAGAGCGAAACCAUUUGACCGAGACUGACAACCAAAAGGUCGCGAGGUACAACAAUGGGCUGAAGAUUUCCAUCCAGGAAAAAAUUGGUAUGCAGAAUAUAUGGACUUUGCAGGAGGCGAUUAACAUGGCAUUGAAGGCUGAAUUGUUGGAGAAGGAGAAACGCCAACCCAACUUCCGCAGGAACACGACGGAAGCCUCUGAAUAUACUGCUGGUGCUUCUAGUGGCUCAGGAGAUAAGGGGAAAGCACAGCAGCAGAAUCUUGGAGGAUCGACAAAACCAGCAACAGUUGGCCAAAACAAAAAUUUCAACGAAGGUAGCAGCCGGAAUUACAACAGAGGGCAACCCCGAAACCAGUCCCAGAAUCCGUAUGCUAAGUGUGGGAAUCGAAUUAAAUCAUACCCUAGGUCAAAUAAUUCCUUCCAUUUGGGGAUUAUUUGA